UUUUGUCUGGUUUGGAAAUCUCUGAAUUGGAAACAAAUGAUUUCAUAGAGCUACCAGAUGUUUUGACUCAAAGUACCAUGCCAGUUUCUACAUUGAAUAUUCCCCAGCAAAAGGACAUUGAUCAGUGGCCUCAUCUUAAACCUGUUAAGCUUCAUAGCAUCAAUGCAGAUGUGGAACUACUGAUAGGAACUGAUGCUUCAAAUGUUUUAGAGCCCUGGGAGGUGAUCAACAGUGUAGAUGGUGGGCCUUAUGCUGUAAAAACUAAAGUUGGCUGGGUCAUAAAUGGUCCCCUGCACACUAGAAGCCACAGCAAAAAUAGAAAUGUUUGCACUGCUGUGACAGCCAACAGGAUCUCUGUUGAGCAUCUUGAAGAAAUGCUGAUCAAACAGUACAAUCAUGAUUUUAACGAAAGAUCAUCAGAGGAGAAAACUGAAAUGUCUAGAGAGGAUUUGCAUUUCAUGAACAUUGUCAAUAACUCUACAAAACUUAUUAAAGGUCAUUAUAAUAUUGACUUACCUUUCAGGAGUGAAAGCCCCUGCUUUCCAAAUAACAUCUGUGUUGCAGAGCAGCGCCUCCAGAGCCUCAGAAGGAGAUUUGAAAAGGAUGCUGAGUACAAGGAGGAAUACACUGCAUGUGUAAACAACAUGCUGCAGCAAGGACAUGCUGAGGCUGUACCAGCAGAGGACCUACAGAAAGAAGAAGAUGCAAUUCACAUGGUGAAGAGGCUGACGGACCUCUGCUCUAAGGGAGGAUUCGUGCUCUCAAAAUGGAUGAACUUCCGGUCGAGAGAGUACUGGGUUUACAGUGGAGCAUCGAAACAGAUGAGUUCAAGUUCAGAACCUCUGUGCAGGACCGCCCACAGACCAGAAGGGGCAUUUUGUCUGUGGUUAGUUCACUAUAUGAUCCCUUGGGAAUCCUAGCUCCCUUCAGUAUGCCAGCUAAACUGCUGCUACAAGAACUUUGUCGACAAAACUUGAAGUGGGAUGAAGUUAUUCCCCAUUCUCUUUGUAGGAAGUGGCUCGACUGGCUGGAGGACCUCCAGCUGAUCUCCAGUUUUAAGGUGGAUCGUUGCAUCA